UAGAAGAGUAGUAUAGAUUAUAGAAGCUCUGUAACAUUCUCGUUUCGGAUUUGUACAAGAGUUGUCAACCGUAGUUUGCAGCACUGCACUCUUGUUUUAUUGCCACUAUCACAGAACCCUGAACCUUCAGAGCUUCAAAUUGCUACUGUUUCUUUUUUCUUUUUUAAUAUAUGGAUCCUCAAACAGCGUUAGAGCUUGUCAAGCACGGUGUCACUCUUCUCUUCCUCGAUGUUCCUCAGUACACCCUAGUCGCCAUCGAUACUCAGAUGUUCUCUGUGGGACCUGCUUUUAAGGGUAUUAAGAUGAUUCCUCCUGGCACUCAUUUUGUGUACUAUAGUUCGUCAAGCAGAGAUGGAAAGGAGUUUUCACCAAUUAUUGGAUUCUUUAUUGAUGUUGGUCCUUCAGAGGUAAUUGUUCGUAAAUGGGAUCAACAAGAUGAAAGGCUAGUAAAAGUAUCUGAGGAAGAGGAAGAAAGAUAUAGUCUAGCUGUAAAAAAUUUGGAAUUUGACAGACUACUUGGGCCUUACAAUCUUAGCUAUUAUGAAGAUUGGAAGCGAUUAUCUAAUUUUAUCACAAAGAGCGUCAUCGAAAGGCUUGAGCCUGUUGGAGGGGAAAUUACUGUUGAAUGCGAAAAUGAGAUGGUUAGAAACAUUCCUAAAAUGCCAAUGGAGAAAGCACUAGAUGAGCAGCUGAAGGUUGGUAAAUCUGCUUCAUCUGUUGUCAAGUCUCAGAGGAAAGGAUGUUAUUAUACCUCCAUUCCACGUGUUGUAAAAUGCAAGGGAAUUAGUGGACAGGAACUUACUUCUUUGAAUCUUGACAAGACACAGUUGUUAGAAAAUCUACUGGCAAAAGAUUAUGGAGGUUCUGAAGACUUGCUUCUUGGAGAAUUGCAGUUUUCAUUUAUCGCCUUUUUGAUGGGUCAAUCGCUAGAAGCAUUUUUCCAGUGGAAGUCCUUAGUUAGCCUUUUGCUUGGCUGCACUAAAGCACCUUUCCAUACACGAACUCAACUAUUCACGAAGUUCAUAAAAGUCAUCUUUUAUCAACUAAAAUAUGGACUACAAAAAGAUCGAGCAGAUGAAACAGGACCAGUAUUGUUGGAUGAUUCUUGGCUUUCUGCUGAAAGCUUUUUGCACCAUCUUUGCAAGGAUUUCUUUUCAUUGUUGCAAGAUGAGUCAGUUGUUGAUGGAGAUCUCUUAAAAUGGAUAAGGAAAUUUAAGGAGCUGUUGGAGAGUAAUCUAGGGUGGGAGUUUCAGCAGAGCAGUGCUGUUGAUGGGAUGUACUUUGAGGAGAAUGAUGAGUUUGCUCCAGUAGUUGAGAUGUUGGAUGAUGAAGCUCCAUCAGUUUAGAAAUGUGGAUUAUAUCAUCUCUUGGCUAUAACAAGUGUUUCUAGGGAAUUAAAUCAUCAGUAUCAUGCCACUUUGCAUGCCUAUGGGUAAACCAUUCCUUUCACAUUGUACAGUAGAACACAUAUAAAUCAACUUUAGCAAAUUUUAGAAACACCGGAAUGGAAGAUGAAUUUACGAUACCUCGAAUUUCGAUUUGUGUUGGUCAAAGGUUGGACCUGAAACAGAAUCGAAGUAACUUUUUUUAUUUUUUUCUGUGGGAAAGACGUUAAGGUACUUUGAUGAUGAUUGAUAUUUACAGUGCUGCUUAAA